AUGUCUAAUUGGAAAGGAGGUGGUGGUGGAGGGCGAAGUGGUGGUGGAGGAGGAGGAUAUAGCCAAGGAGGAGGGCGUUCUGGUGGUGGCGGAGGAGGUCGUCCCGGUGGUGGUGGCGGAGGAGGCCGUGGAGGUGGCGGCGGUUAUGACAGAUCUGGAGGCGGAGGAGGUCGUGGUGGAGGAGGAUAUGACCGUUCUGGUGGUGGAGGUGGAGGAUAUGACCGCUCCGGUGGUGGUGGUGGGGGAGGAUUCAGAGGGGGAGGUGGCGGCGGCUCUGGUGGAUAUGACAGUGGAAGAUCUGGAGGAGGGGGAAGAGGAGGACCAGUCGCACCUCGCCCUAUGCGAAAUUUUCAAGUUGCAAAAUUAUCUGAAGCUGAAAAUCCUUCAAACUUUAAAGGAGCCUUGGGGCGACGAACUGAUGUUGUAGUCAAUUAUUUUAAAUUAAAAUUCAACACAAAAAUGCAUAUUUACAAAUAUCGUGUAGACUUUUAUCACCAAUUGGAAGACAAACGUAAAGAAAUUUCAACUACAAACAAAAUGGCUCUUCGUCAAAAGUUUUGGAGCUUUGUUUCAGCAAACGAAGCAUAUUUUGGGGGACGAAACAAUUUGGUUUACGAUGAUUCUCAUUUGUGUUAUACUAGGAAAGAGUUGCCUGUCCAGUCUGGAACUGUUGGGGAAGUGACGAUUGAAACGGAUGAAGGAAGAAGGGAUGGAAACAUGACCACAACUGUUAUGGUAAUUAAAGCAACAGGAACUAUUUCAAUCAAACCACAAGAAACUUACGAAGAUGAUGCUUUUCGCGUUUUAAAUUUAAUUAUUACACAACAAGCUCGUUGUCCAAUUGGUGCUCUCGACAGAACUAUUCAUUGUGAAGUUAGUCGUCUCUACAUUAAACCACCAAAUUCUUAUCAUGAACCUUUGGAUUUGGGUGGAUUUGAAAUGCUUCGUGGAUUAUAUGCUUUUGCAAAAAGGGGGUUAGCUCCGCCAAAGGGAAAUGUUGGAAAUGGUUUUGUUAAUUUUGAUGUUGCCCAUUCUGCCUUCUACAAAGUUGGAUGUGAUAUUCUUCAAUUCUAUGCUUUUGCAAAGACGGGACGAUUCAUGAAUGCAAGUGAAAUUGAGCGACUUAAUGAUUAUGGAAUGAAUCAGUCGCAGCGUAAUGAAUUGAGAACUCUUUUAAGUGGACUUAAAAUGAAAAAGAAGCGCAUUGCUGAAAAUUUUGUUGAAAGUGAAGCUUCUUUCUGUGAUGUUGUCGAUAAAUCUCCAGAUGCUUACAAAUUCGAAUGUGAAGAACUUGGACGAACAGUUUCUGUGACUGAAUAUUAUGCUGCUAAAUACAACUACCAAGUUAAAUUUCGUUCAAUGCCUCUUAUUAAAAUUAUGCCGAGAGAAAGAAAUUUGGUUUUGCCGAUUGAAGUUCUCAAAGUUUCGGAUAAAUUACAACGUUUACGUCGAAAAUUGCCGGAUGCAUUGCAAGCUAUGACAAAUCAGUAUACGUCAACACCUCCUCGUCAACGUUUUUCUGAUAUAGACCAAAUGGCUCGUGUUGAAUGCAAUUUUGAUCAAAACCCAGUUAUGAGAGAAUUUGAAGUUGCUAUAAAUACAGAAUUUCUUGAAAUUGGUGCUCGUGUUUUAAAUCCUCCAAGAUGCGAAUUUUCGAAAUCAUUUCGUGAUAUUAUGGGAAUCAAGGCCGUGGAAAAGCCUAAUUUAUUUGGAAGGCCAGUUAAUAUUAUUUUUGAUUUGGUUAUUGUUGAUGGAUGUAUUAGAUUUGACAGAUAUCGUGCAGCAUGGGAAGCUUUAGUUCAGUCUUGUUCUAAUAGAGGAAUUACUGUGCAUCCAGAACCUGCGGGUGUUUCUGAAUUUAACACUCGCCAUAAAGAUCAACUCGCUAAUUUAAUCGGUUCUCGUAGAGAAGCAGCAAAAAAUUGGGGUCAAGGUGUUAUGCCUGUUAUUAUUGUUGCGAUGCCGGAUAAUCGCUGGAUUUAUCAAUCUUUCAAAGGAAUUUGUGAACUUCGUUUUGGAAUGCGCUCUCAAAUGAUUUCUCAAAAAACUUGGAACAAACUGCAAAAUGAAGCUGGGAGAGGUGGUCCAAUGUCUAGUGCUGUUGCUAGAAAUAUUUUUUUGAAAAUUAAUGCAAAAUGUGGAGGAGUUAAUUGCAAAAUUGAUGCGAAUGCGACUGAAAAAUGGGGGACUUUUGUCAAAAAAGAAGCACCAACACUUUUUAUUGGCAUUGAUGUAACCCAUCCAGCGCCUGGUGAUACACUUUCUCCUUCAAUUUCUGCUUUGGUUGGGAAUAUUGAUUUGAAUGCUACUCGUUUUACUGCAACUGUUCGUGCACAACAUCACCGAACUGAAUGGAUUGAAGAUAUGGGAGAAAUGUUUUAUGAACGACUUGUACAUUUUCAGAAGGGUUCAAAACUUUUCCACGGAACUGAAUUACGCCCUUCUAAAAUAAUUGUCUUCCGUGAUGGGGUGUCUGAAUCUCAAUUUGAAGGAGUUAUGGAAUUUGAAGUUUCAUCAAUUCGAAAGGCUAUUGACAAAUAUUUUGAAGGAGUUCAAAAACCGAGACUUACAGUUGUUGUUGUGCAGAAGCGACAUAAUACACGAUUUUUUGAUAAAAACGAUAAUGAUGAGAAAAACAAAGGAAAUCUUCAGCCUGGAACUGUUAUUGAUGGACAUAUCACAAGUUAUUCAAAAGAAUUUUAUUUGUGUUCACAGAAGGGAAUGCUGGUAUGA